AUGGAUUGCCAAGAAAAUGAGUACUGGGACCAAUAGGGAUGGUGUGUCACUUGCCAACAGUGUGGUCCUGGGCAACUAAGAGGGACCAUGAUUAGGAGAGAUUGUAGUUAUGGAGAGGGUGGAGAUGCAUACUGCACAGCCUGCCUUCCUCAAAGGUACAAAAGCAUCUGGGGCCACCACCGUUGUCAAACUUGCAUGACCUGUGCUGUUGUCAAUCGUGUCCAGAAGGCCAACUGUACAGAUACCUCUAAUUCUGUCUGUGUGGACUGUCUGCCCAGGUUCUACUCAAAGACAUGUAUUGGAGGCCUGUAGGACCAAGAGUGUAUCCCAUGCACGAAACAAACCCCCACCUCUGAGGUUCAGUGUGCCUUCCCGUUGAGCUUAGUGAGGGCAGAUGCACCCACAGUGCCCCCUCAGGAAGCCACAUUUGUUGCACUGGCAAGCAGUCUGUUAGUGGUGUUUUCCCUGGACUUUCUGGGGCUCUUCUUCCUCUACUGCAAGCAGCUCUUCAACAGAUAUUGCCAGCGUGGUCUCUUGGGCUCCUGGUGACCUUGCCCAGUUGUUCUCCCUGGACUCUCAUGCCUUGUUCCUGUACCACAACAGUAAUUAGGACCUGGGAUAUGGUGCCCACAACAGCCAGUAUCCUACAGAUGGGAUAUAUUCUAUCUCAUCCACCAGAGAAUUGGUUCUCUACCAUCUCCCCGGGACUGACCUGUAUUAUUUCUUCCUUUCCUAUUCUAGCCUGGAGAGCCAGAUUCCCCAGCUGG